AUGGAAGGUGGAAAUGGAACUGAAAGAACAAAACGCAGAGCAACUGAACCCCUCCAAGAAGAACCCACAAAAAAAAUUAAAUCCAAGCAUUAUUUGACAGUACCAUCAAGAAAUGUAGAAGCUGGUAGAGUUUUAGUUUGUGGCGAAAACAAAUAUGGACAACUCGGGUUAGGACCUGAAGCAAAAACGACAACUCUCCCAUUAGAUAUCAAUUUAGAAGAUAUCGUUGCAAUUGAUACAGGAAGCUUUCACAGCGUCUGCUUAAACAACAAAGGUGAGGUAUUCACAUUUGGCCACAAUAGAGAUGGAGUUUUGGGUAGAAACACUGAUUACACUAGAGACCAAAAUGAUUUGCAAGCUUACCCUGGAUUAGUUAAUUUACCGAACGAAGCCGUGAAGAUAUCAGCAGGAGAUUAUCACUCUUGCGCACUGUUGAUAGAUGGUACGGCUUAUGUUUGGGGAAUUUAUAAAGAAACUGGAGAACUUCUAGAGAAGACUUAUGAAGAAGGGUAUUAUACUUGCAAUAGACCUGAACUUCUUAGUCAUACAAGACAAUUUGUCGAUAUCUGUUCCGGGAUAGAACACUUAUUACUACUGGAUACCUCUGGAAAAUUAUAUACGGUUAAAAGCGUUAAACAGAGACAACGAGGCCGACAGUACCAAAGCUUUUCUAGCAGAAAUUUAGAUCGUGGCGGGAGAGAAGAUGUUUUAGUUCUCAAACAAAUUGAAUACAAAUUAUCACCAAGGGGCAAGAUAGAUAAAAUUUGGGCUGGAGGCUAUAGUUCAUUUAUAAAGCGAUCUGAAAUUCCUGAUGUUUAUGCAUUUGGAUCAAACGCCUGUAAUAAAAUGGGACUUGGAGAAGAUGCUGAUGAAGUAAAUUUUCCAAGAAAGUCACAAAUUUCAUCGAAAGAGAUCAAUUUAACCAAAAUCUCAACAAGUCUUGAGCACACGUUAGCUAUCGACAUGAGAGGCAAGUGUUACUCGAUUGGUAAUGCAGACUUUGGUUUGUUGGGCUUAGGAAACCUAGACGAUUUUCCUGUAGACCUUGCUGAGAUUCCAAAUCUUAGAGAUAAAAUAUGCGUAGAUAUUUCCUGCGGAAUUGCAAGUUCUUUUGCUAUUACUGACCAGGGUGAUGUGUACGCCUGGGGCUCAGGAACGAAUUUGGGUAUAAUUGAUUGGGAAUAUGAUGAUAUUUGGAGUCCUGUUAAAAUAGAGAGCAUGCCAGGUAAAAAAGUAAUGGCAAUUAGCCCGGGCUACUAUCACACUCUUUUUCUAGUGAAAUAG